AUGAAAGAAUGGACUCAUUUCGACCGUCACUUCUUUAUGUCACUCACUGCCGAAUCUCAAGUGCUGGAGCCUCAAAUACGUCUCUUUUACACCAUUGUUUGGGAGGCUUUGGAAGAUGCUCGAAUUGAUCCAGCAUCAAUGAGAGGCUCCAAUACAUCGGUAUUCAUCGGUCAGAUGUUUGAAUCUAAUUCUCCAAUGCAAACACACGACAUCACAACGAUGAAGCCGAUUCUCAGGGCCGGCAGGUCAGACACUGCGCUCGGGGUAGCCUACCAAUAUGACUUUCGUGGUCCUGCCUACUCGAUAGACACUGCUUGCUCGUCAUCGCUGGUUGGAAUUCUCCAAGGAAUCGAAACCAUUCAAAAUGGUGAAAGUGACGUUUCGAUCUGUGGAGGCAUGAACUGUUUCAUCGAGCCAACCGUCUCUAUCCACUUUUCUCAGACCGGAUUGGUUGGAAAGGGUGGCAAAUGCGCUUCGUUUGACUCAUCAGCCGAUGGAUAUGUUCGUAGUGAAGGUGUUGGUGUAGUUGUUCUCAAGAAACUAUCAAAGGCUAUCGAGGAUAAUGACAAUAUAUAUUGCGUCAUCAAAGGUGGUAAUUGCAAUGCCGAUGGUAACUUUGAAAAGACAUCCCCAACUGCUCCAUCACACGCUGCACAACAAGUCAACACUAAAACAGCACUUGCCAAGACAGGACUAUCGCCAUCUGACAUUUACUAUGUCGAAUGUCAUGGAACGGGAACACCCAUAGGUGAUCCACUAGAAGUACAAGGUAUAGCAGGUGUAUUUGGUCAGUCACACACCAAAGAACAACCACUCCGAAUUGGUUCGGUUAAAAGUAACAUUGGUCAUACUGAGAGUACGGCCGGUGUUGCUUCGAUCAUUAAAUGUGCAAUGAUGCUAAAGAAUAGAAUGCUCAUCAAGAAUAUCAACUUUAAAGAAUUAAACCCAAAGAUUGAUCUGUUGGAUGGUAAAAUCAAGAUUGUAUUGGAGAAUGAACCUUUACCAGAUAGAAUCAUUCGAAUGGGAAUUAAUUCAUUUGGAUUGACCGGUUCAAAUUCUCAUAUCAUUAUUGAAGAAUUUAAAUGUCAAAAUAAUUCAAAUAAUGAUUCAAAUGGUAACUAUAUUAAUUCUUCUUCUUUAGUUUUAGAUUAUUUAAUUCCAUUUUCAGCAAAUAGUCAGAAAUCAUUGGAUUCAUAUGUUGAUAUGAUCAAGAAUAAUGUUGAUUCAUAUCGAAACAAAAUGUCAUUUGAAGAUUUUGUUAGACAUCAAUCACAAUCGACCAAUCAUCCAGUUUGUAAAAAGUUGAUUGUUGCCAAAGAUUGGGAUUCUUUUGAAUCAGCAGCUACACUAGUCUAUGAAAAACAACAAUCCUUUGUUUCAAGCAUGUCUCAAUUAAAUAAGGCAGUAACCAAACCAAUUGUAAUGGUAUUUUGUGGUCAAGGAGCACAAUGGAGUGGUAUGGGUGAUCAACUAUACCACCAUUACAAAGUAUUCCGUGACUCGGUUGACCAUGUCGAUCAAUUACUCUAUCAACACUAUCAAUAUUCAAUCAUGGCUCAACUCAGACAAAGCAAUGAAAAAGAUAUUCACCAUCCAAUUCUUGCUCAACCAUCAACCUUUAUCAUUCAAGUAGCUUUGGUUAAAUUAUAUCAAUCUUUUGGAAUUGUUCCAUCAAUCGUUGUUGGUCAUAGUUUUGGAGAUAUAACGGCAGCAUGGUGUUCAGGAAUUAUAUCUUUGGAAGAAGCUUCAAGAAUAGUUUAUCUUAGAAGUGUAGCUCAAAAUAUGACUAUUGGAAGUGGAAGAAUGUUGGCAGUAUCAUUGACAUUUGAUACAUUCAAAGAGAGAUUCCAACAACAAUUACAUAAGCCAUCACAAUAUGACUCUAUUGAAUUGGCAUGCUAUAAUUCGGUUGAUUCAAUUGUAUUGGCAGGUGAUGAGGAGCAACUCGAACCAAUCAACCAACAACUCAAGAAUGAUAAUAUAUUUAGUGCAUUCCUCGGAACACCAUGUGCAUUCCACUCAACAAAACAAGAAUCAACAAAAGAGUUUAUAUUUAAUCAUUUGGAUAAUAAUAUUAAAUAUGAAUGUGAUCGACCAACGAUUCCAUACUUUUCAACAACCACAUCACAAUUAAUCAAAUCAUCAUCUGAAUUUAAUGCACAAUACAUUUAUGAUAAUCUUAGACAACCAGUAUUAUUCCAACAAUCAAUUAAUAAUAUCAUAGACUAUACAAAGAACAAUGGUCCUUUGCAGGAAUAUAUUUAUUUAGAGAUUGCACCACAUUCAACUCUAUCAUUCUAUUUGAAAGCAUUAUUAUCAUCAUCACAACAAAAAGCAGCAACCAUUUUAUCACCAUUGAAUAGAAAAAAGGAUCAGGUUGAAUCAAUUCAAUCAUGUCUAUCGCAACUCUAUUUUAAUGACGCCAGCGUUGAUUUUACAAAUCAAUUAAUAUCAACGGCAGGUGACAACGGAUGGAAGGAUAGAACUAGAUACUUGCCAAGAUAUCAAUGGGAUGCUGAAUAUUUAUGGUGGGAACAACCAAAGUUUAAAAAGAUUAGAUUGGAAGGAACUUCAACAACAUUGCUUGGUAUCUGUGACGACCAACCAAUCUUGGCCUUUGAAUCAACGAUUGAUGUUGCUCGACCAUCGUAUCAAUAUUUAAAAGGUCACAAAGUCAAAGGAAAAUAUCUGUUCCCAGGAGCCGGUUACAUUGAAAAUAUUAUCAAUGCAUUCCCAAACAAAGAUAUUCAUAUUCACCACCUCGAAUUUAUUGCACCAUUCUUUCUCAAAGAAGGAGCACCAUCGCGAUUGAAAUCAUCAUUUAUUUCAUCAUCAUCAACCGACUAUCAGGUAGUAUUCCAAUACUAUGAUGACAAAGUAUCGAAAUGGAUCAAAUCAUCAGUUGGAAGAUUGUCAAUCACGACCCCUUUAAUAACCAAGAAUCUUGUCGACAAGUAUGACAAUGUCGAUAAACUAAAACAAGAAGCAUACAACAUUGCAACAAUGACACAAACAGACGUUUAUCAAAAAUUGGCCAAAGUAGGAUUGCUUUAUGGUGAAACCUUCCGUCGAGUCAAACAAAUAUCGUUCAGUCAAAGUGGUUCGAUUUUAUCUGAAAUUGAAUGCAAAUCUAGAAACCAUUUUGAAGAAUCAAACACAGUUUUGAAUGCAUCUGUAUUGGAUUGUAUUCUUCAUUCCAAUCUUGUUCAAUUCAAAGGUGAAGGGAGUCAGUGUGAGUUGGUAUUUGACAGAAUCGAAGAUUUCCAAAUCUCGUCCAACAAUAUACCUCGACACCCUUGUCAAUCGUUAUUCAACAUUGCAAAGGCAUCACUAAAGAUGAAAGAAAAACAACAAAGAGGAAAUGAAUUUAAAGGAUCGAUUGAUAUCAUUGAUCACGAUGGAAACAUUAUUAUCAAAUGUAGAAAGAUUGUUUGUACAUCUUUGACCAAGGUUGUAAAAACUCACCAAGCCAAACACCCAUCAAAAUUCAUCAAACAAUCCAUUUAUCAACCAAAGAAUUCUCCAUCUCCUCCUCCUCCUCCCCCAAGUUUGUCUUCAUCGUCUCUCAAUGUUUUUGAAUAUUUGGAAGGACUCGUAAAGUCGUCACCUUCAACCCACAAAACCCUAAGAGUAUUGGAUUUUAUUCACAAUGAAUUCAUAUCAUUAGAGAUCAUAAGUUGUUUUAGUUACUUGGUUACCUUAAGAGGAGACAUUAUGAUCGAUUUUAUCGCACCAACCAACAGUGUUAUCUCGAUGGACCUCAAAAGGGAUAACCUGUCUGUUAAAUUCUAUCAAGAUUACAACACAUCGUUCACAUUAAAUGACCAGGGUUUCCUUUCAAAUAGUUGUGAUAUCGUUUUGUCAACAAUCGAUCUUGUACAAAACAAUAAUUACCUAUUAUCGGAACUAUCACAACUGUUAAAUCCAAAUGGUCAACUCGUUUUCAUCAACAAUAAUGAUAAUGAUUCACCAGAUGAAAAUGAUAGAGAAUCGUUCAUCAACAACAAUAUCAAAUCAGCUCAACUCAACAUUAUUCUUCAACAGCCAACAACGAUCAACGGACCAAAAAGCAAUCAAGUCUUGUUAAUUUGUCAAAAAUCAUCAAUUGAAGAAACUGAUAUCAAUAGAUAUGAUCAUUUAUUAUUCAUUACACCAUCAAGUUCCUCUUCCUCCUCUUCCUCCUCAAGAUUGUUAAAAAGAUUAAUUGAACAAUCAAAGAAAAUUCAGAAUAAUAUUUGUUUAUUUUCAGUUGAUGAUAUUAUGGAUGAAUCUAAAUAUCAGACGUUAUUGGAUUCCAUUUCAUACAAAGAUGGUAGCAAAGUAGUAAUUAUAUAUUUAGAAUCAGUGGAAGAAAUGAAAAUUGAUAAUUUAGAAUUAAAAUCAAUGCAACUCAUUCGACUACACCAAAUAAUUAGAAAGGAACAACUACCAAUCACAUUAAUAUCAUUAAUAUCAAGUCAGCUGAAUCAAUGUUUGAUUCCAAUAUGCAGAGAAUAUGAACGUCCUUCUGGACUAUUCUUAUUUGACUCUGUUUCAAUGAUUAUGGAUGAUCAAUGCACCAACCAAAUCUCGCUCUCUCAAAUAUUAAAAUUUGCCAACCAUCAACAUAUUGGAGAGAAACAUGUCAAAUUGGACUACAUCAACAAUUCCAUUCAAUUAUCUACUGAAAGAUUCAUUGAAACACCAAAUGCAUUGGAAUUGGAUCAAAGUUUCAUUAUUACAAACAAACAAGAGGCCAAAGUCAAAUUUGAAAAAGAUAGCCACUAUCAUCUAAGACCAAAGGUUGAGAUAUUAAAAGACAAUCAAGUUGAAAUCCAAGUCAAAGCUGCUUCAAUUAAUUUUAAAGAUUUAAUGAUUUUAGAAGGUAGAGUAGAUCAAAGUUUAUUUACUUCUGGUGAUUUGAAUGAUCCACCUCUUGGGCAAGAUUGUUCGGGCGUAAUCACAAGAAUUGGCUCAAAAGUAACUAAAUUCAAAGUAGGAGAUGAGGUUUGUGCCUAUACAUCAUCGUUUGCAUCGUCAACACUGACAAGGGAAGAUUGUAUGGUUCACAUUCCCAAAGGCAUGUCAUUCACUCAGGCAGCAUCUUUACCAGUGGCAAUGGGAACAGCAUACAGUAUAUUGUAUAAAAGAGCACAUAUUGAAACAUCGGAAUCAAUUCUUAUUCAUGGUGCAGCUGGUGGCGUUGGAUUGGGAAUGUUAAACCUUUUAAAACACGGUCAACAUAGAGGAAAGAUAUUUGUGACGACUGGCUCACCCGAUAAAAAAGAAUACCUAAAACAACAAUACGGAACCUUUAUUACAGCUAUUCUAUCGUAUGACAACUUUACGCAACCCAUUCUAGAAAUGACACUUGGAAAAGGAGUCCACUAUGUAGUCAAUACGCUCGACUAUUCAAAAAUGCAUGCCAAUUUCAAGUGUCUCUAUAAAAAUGGAAUUCUCUUUGAUUUAAAACAUAUUGGAAAGGUGGUGGUUGACUUUGAAAAUGUGGAAACAGAACUGUUGGAACCAAUGUUGUCGGAACCAAACAAGAAACCAAUUGAAAGAUUGAAUUACAGUCUCGAUGGUAUCCAAGACACUCUUUUAAUCACUGGUCAAACUGGUGUAGCCAUUGAAUCACUUCAAUAUAUCAUCAAACAUUCACCCAAACUACGUGAUAUUAUCGUUGUCUCAUACUCGGCACCAAAAUAUGAAAUACAAUUAUUGGACAAUGACAUUAAAACAAAAUAUAAACACCUACAACUGCAUUACUUGCAAUGUGAUAUUGGAAAUUACAAUCAACUAGCUUUAUCGAUUCAACAACUUUACCAGAGACAUUCAAACAUAAAACCAGUCAAAUCAGUUAUUCAUUGUGCAAACAACUAUGUCUUUUCAUUGUCUGACGAUUUGACGAUGGAUGUCCAUCACCAAGCACUUUCGGCCAAAGCAAUUGGAGCUUGGAAUCUUCACACUCUAUUUGAACGGUUGGAUUGGAAGCUGAACCAUUUCCACACAAUGUCAUCGAUUGCUCAAUUUGCAGGACGAGAAAGCUUUAGUUACUCUGUUGCCAAUGCAUUCCUUGACAAUUUGGCACAAUAUCGUCGUAAUCUUGGAUUGCAAGGCACUUCUAUUAUCUGGGGAUCGAUUGGAUCGACAGGAAGGGUUGCCAUUGACAAGGGAUCAAAUGAAGGACUUUUGUCUGUUGGUUUCGAUAUUAUGCCUCUUCAUAGUGUCUAUGGUAUUCUUCGUGCAUGCUUUAUCAAUGAUCACACUCCAUUUACGGUUUUACAAUGUACAUCAUUGUCAAUCAACAAAUUUGUUUCAGCAUCGCCAAACCUCUCUCAUCUCUUUUGUCUUAUGUCCAAUGUCAUUCCAAAGAACACCAUCCACAAUAACCUGUCUGCUUCUCUCCAAGAUAAUAUAGAAAACAAGAUUCUAGAAUUCAUUUCAGAGACCCUGUCAAUUGAAAAGCACCUAUUAAGCGGUGACACCAAACUCAAAGACUAUGGUGUAGACUCGAUGAUUUCCAUUCAAAUUAGAACAUGGAUUGAAAACGAAUUUAAGAAAUCCAAUUUUCUAAAUCAAGCCCAAAUAUCAAAUGGAACAAUCAACUCUAUCAUUGAAACUAUAAAUCGUAAUUUAAAGUCAUAA